UCAUGGGGCCCCCGGGCAAUAGGGGAUCAUGGGGCCCCUGUGUCCUUGCCCAAACUAAAAAAAGCCUAUGAAAAAGGUACCAGGGGCAUCUCAUGGGGCCCCCUACUGACCCCGGGCCCUCGAGCAGUGCCCGAGUUUCCAAAUGGUCAGUCCGCCCCUGGGGCCAUGUCCUCCAAGGGGCCAGUCCAAGCCUGGGGCCAGUCCAAGCCUGGUGGGACAGACAGGAGGCUAUUGCUCAGAAGAAAGGCCACAGCAUGGUGGCAGGCCGUGGCC